AUGCUCUUCACACCAGAGCAGGUGGCUUGUAUGUGCGAGGUCCUUCUGCAGAGCGGUUGCAUGGAUCGCCUUGCUGGCUUCCUCCGCACUCUUCUUCCUCCUUCCGUCUCCUUCUCCUCUCCUUGCCCUGGGGAGCAGGAGAGCGUGCUGAAGGCUAAAGCCGCAGUGGCCUUUCACCAGGGCCACUUCACUGACCUCUACACCCUGCUGGAGGGCUUCCCCUUCUCCCCGCGCAGCCACCCGCUCCUGCAGCAGCUCUGGCUCAGAGCCCACUACAAGGAGGCCGAGAGGCAGAGGGGCCGACCCCUGGGAGCUGUGGGGAAGUAUCGCGUGAGGAGGAAGUUUCCUCUACCAGACACCAUCUGGGACGGAGAGGAGACCAGCUACUGUUUCAAGGAGAAAUCCCGGAGUAUACUCCGCCAGUGCUACUGCCUCAAUCCGUAUCCCUCCACACGGGAGAAGCGGGAGCUGGCGGCGGCCACCGGCCUGACGAGCACGCAGGUCAGCAACUGGUUCAAGAACCGCCGGCAGAGGGAUCGAACCACCGACGUCCACGGCUCUGGAGGAACCUCAGCCGAAGUCCAUCCUUCCUCUGACAACGACUUUUCCCCUCCAGGAAGCCCACAUCCGCUGUACCACGGCCCUGCCCCUCCCCCCCUCUCUCACCCACCAUGUCCUCUUCCUCACAUGUGGAGAGGCCUCAAUUGA